UCUGUAAACAGGCCGGCAUGGCGGACCGAGAGAAGAGGAAAGCCAGCCCGCCGUCCGGACGCCACCUGCGGGUCAACUCGCCGGCCAGCUUCAGGUUGACCCAUGACAUCAGCCUGGACGAGUUUGAGGAUGACGACCUGUCGGAGAUUACGGAGAUCACGGACGAGUGCGGGAUGAGCCUCAACUGCAACGGCCCGGAUAUGAAGGGCCAUGUGAGGCGGGGAACCAAUAGCCUGUCGGGGAGGGCGGAGCUGGGAGCCGUCGGCCAGCUCCAGGCAGAGAUGCUGCAUUUGGAGCUCAUCGACGGCGCCGACAGUUGCCGCGGCGACAAGGAGUCCUCGAAGGCAUCGGCCAUCGCAACCCCGUCGGUCACCAAGGACCCCGCGGCACCUGUUACCAUGGAUACCUACCGGCCCAAGAGACCCACGACCCUUAACCUCAUCUCGAUUGUGCCGCGGACACAGGACACGCUGAACAACAACUCCUUUGGGAAGAAGUACAGCUGGCAGGAGAAGGUGUCGGGCUCGUCGUCGCCCCUUAAAGCCGGCGACCGCACCCCUCCGCGCGAGCACAGCUGCCUGAGCGACGAGGACACGGUGCAGGGCGGCGGAGCGCAGACCAAAGACCGCGGCACGUCCACCGACGCCCCCUGCCGACACAGCCACGCCUCCGGGCACUCGCACGGCUCGUCCAAGCUCCAGGAGAAGCCGCCGCCCCCCCCGCCGCCGCCGCCCGCCCCGCCGCAGAACUACACGCCGGCAGACGGAGGCGGGCCCCCCCACCGGGAGAGGAUCCGCUACCACACGGACGUCCGCCUGGAGCCCACGGAGGAGAUCUACCUCACCCCCGUGCAGCGCUCCGCCGACCCGCUGGACGCCGCCGACGCCGCCGACCGCCCCUUCCUGUCGCGGCAGACGGAGCAGGGCCGCAUGUCCGUCGGCUCCGACACCGAGGGCCCGCCUCCUUACCAGCCCCUCCCCGACCGGACAAACUCCUCCUCCAUCUGCGAGGAGGAGGGCGAGGUCUACGUCGCCCCGCCCACCUACGCUUCCUGCGUGGAGUCCCUCUUCACGCCGCCCGGCUCCUUCCUCACGCCGGACCUCAGCCUGAAGGGGGCGGGAACGGCGGCCGCCGGGGUGGUGCUGAGACCCGGGUCCUCGGUGGAGUACGUGGAUGCCGCGGACGACAGCUACUGCGGCGAGGACGAGGACGUGGACCGGGUAAUGAUGGACGGGAGGAUGAGGAAAGGGGGAGGAGCCGGGGGCGGCGGCGGCGAGCGGGUCCCGCUAAGAACGGCCAUGAACUCGGAGGCCAGCGGCCUGUCGUACGACUCGGUCAAAUACACGCUGGUGGUGGACGAGCACGCCCAGCUGGAGCUCAUCAGCCUCCGGCAGUGUUACCACGGUUACAGCGACGACAGCGACUCGGCCACCGUCUACGACAACUGCGUCUCGUCUCCCUACGAGUCGGCCGUCGGGGAGGAGUACGAGGAGGAGGAAGAGGAGGAGGAUGAGGACGACGAGGACGGCAUUCAGAUCGGAGCGGUGAGGAGGGAGGCCACGGCGUGCCUGUCGGAGGAGGAGGAGGAGGAGGAGGAGGAGGAGGAGGACUCCACUCCGGAGGGCGACCUGACCUUCUCCAAGAAGUUCCUCAACGUCUUCAUGAAUGGACGCUCUCGCUCCUCCAGCGCCGAGUCCUUCGGCCUCUACUCCUGCCUCAUAAACGGGGAGGAGCGGGAUCAAAGCCACAGGGCCGUUUACAGGUUUGUCCCUCGCCACGACGACGAGUUGGAGCUGGAGGUGGACGACCCGCUGCUGGUGGAGGUCCAGUCAGAGGACUACUGGUACGAGGGCUACAACAUGCGGAGCGGCGCCCACGGGAUCUUCCCGGCGUACUACGCCAUCGAGGUGACCAAGGACACCGAUAGCUGCAAAGCGAAGAGCAGCGAAUGGCUGGACAGCUACCGGCUGAAGUUCCUGGGCUCAGUUCAAGUGCCCGCCCACAAAGGAAACGAUGUUCUGUGCGCCGCCAUGCAGAAGAUUGCCACCAACAGACGGAUGACGGUGAAGUACAACCCGCCUUCCUCCUGCAUCCUGGAGAUCAGCGUGAAGGGCAUCAAGCUGGCGGUGCAGGAGGACUACUACACCCACGAUGGAAGCAACGAGUGCAGUCACUUCUUCCAGUUAAAGAACGUCUCCUUCUGCGGGUACCACCCCAAAAACAGCAAGUAUUUUGGUUUCAUAACCAAACACCCGGCAGACCAGAGGUUCGCCUGCCACGUGUUUGUGUCUGAAGACUCCACCAAACCUCUCGCCGAGUCCAUAGGCAAAGCGUUCCAGUCGUACUACAAAGAGUUCGUGGAGGUCUCGUGCCCGACGGAGGACAUCUACCUGGAGUAGCCCCGCCCCCCCGCCCGCCUCCACGGCGCCCUGUACAGCACACUGUAUCAUAACACGAUGUUGCAUGAAGGACACUCGAAAACUAGGAGAGAGGAGACGAAGGAAGGAGAACAACAAUUAACACAUCUGACUAACGAGCAGGAGGGAACGAAAUAUGCAAAAUGGAGUCGGCGGCCAGCCGGUAAAGCACAAACGUGAAGCGUCACCGGCAGCCGUAACUACAGCAGCUCCUCUUUGCACUGGACAAACAUUUAAAAUGAAAGGAGGGUGACAUUUAAGAAACACACGAGGGGGAGGGGUGUGUGUACUUACCGACGUCCUCACACAGCGACCGAAAAAACCCGUUUGGAAACAGGGACCUUCAGCACGCACACACACACGCGCGCACACGUGGCAAUUAUAUUAUUUGUUUUAAACAACCACAACAACAACAACAGGUGAUGCCACAAUUUUAGAUGUUUUGGUUGUGGAGCCAAAAAUCUCGUUGUCGAAAACCCCCCAGACCAAAUUUUAAAAAAGACCAGAAUGCAUUGCCAGAGCGCCAGUGAGGAGAUCUGUUUCCCCCGCAGGGCAUUCUGGGAAAUGCAGGUAAUCACUGAUUUAAAAAAAAUAUUGUGAAUAACUCCUGAAAUGCAACCGGCAUCACAUGUCAACGGUGUGAGGGCGUAUGAACGUCUAUCGGUACUCCCCCCCCCCCCCACACACACACACUGUUGGUUCCUCGUCCUCUGCGUUCUGACUCAGUGUGAAAUCCAGACGUUUAACGACUCUGACGUGCAGAAUUCUCCUUUCCGUGGUGUGUUAUUUAUUUAUUUUCUUCCUUGAGAAACUUGCUCCUCAGUUUUUCCACGCAAGAAAAUAAAAAAUAAAUAUAUAUAUGUUUAUACAUACACAACGCGCUCUCGGCGUUGUCCGGCGGUGAAGAGAAGGAGGCGGAGCCACGGGUGCUGACAGAAGGGAGCGGAAGCAAAGUGCUGGCGUCUUCAUGCAUCUUCACUAGUAGUGCCUCUUCUUCAUCCCCUCAUCAGCGGAAAGGAAAAACAUCCUCCUCAUUUCAAGGGACCGGCCAUCGAGCGCGUGUUGAAAAGUGUUGAGGAGUGUUGAAUGCAGAUUGCGAUGGAAGGGAAUUGCACUUUUUAUUUUUAUUUUUUUAUCGCUGCUGUGCUGUACCGGUGAUGUCACCGGUCACAUUCCAGAACAGCGACAUCGUGCCGGUACGAGGUUCCUUUCAUGUCUGUGUAAGAACUUUUUUCAUACUCAGCCCUGAUCUGGAAAUCCCAGAGACACUGUCAAAUUAAUGUUUUUUUUUAAAUUAUUGUAACUUGGUCCCCGCUAUGUUUAACAACAACAACAUAUACACAACGUUAAAAAUUAAAACACUUUUC